AUGAAAAAAAUUAAUGGAGGAAAAAAAUAGUCAUUUGUACCUGCAGUUAUUACUAUAGAAUUUAGAAUUCAAAAAAGAAAUCAAAGUACAUAUAUCAUUUAUGCUUAUUAUCUAGUCGCUGAUCUAAUAUAAGCUAAUUCUCUACUUAAAGAGAUGAAUGAAUAGAUCAUUUUAGCCAGAGUUAAAGAAAUUGAGAACACAAUUUAUUUAGAACAUGCAGUCAAUGUUCAUUUGUAUAGUAGUAAAAUUGAAAAGGUUGUUUCGCUAUUUAAAGGCAUAAAUUAAAAUAAUUAUAUAAAUAUUGCUUAAAAAUUAAAAAAGCAAGAACUUGCUACUCAAUCCAUCUUCAAAUUAUUAGAAAAGAAAAAAUAACUAAAAGAUUAUGAUUAAGAUAUUUUAAAUAAAACUCUAUAGAAAUCAGAAUAUGAUCCUCUGAAUACCAAAUAAAUUAGUUCAAAAAAAGCAGUUUUAGUUGCUAACAAAAUUACAAUUGUUAAAACUAAAAAUUAAAUAACAGAUUAAAAAGGUAAUUUUGCAGCAAAACCAAAUAUGGUUUUUGCAGAAUCAAUUUAACCAAUAGAACCAAUUUAAGAAAAAAAAGUUAAGAUCUAAGAAAAUGGAAAAGAUGAUGAUGAUGAAAUAGACAUAAGAAUUUAUGAUGGAAUAUAAGGAGCUCCAUCAAUAGGAGUGUAUUGUUCAAAAUAAAUAAUUUUAUUUGAUAACAAAAUUAAAAUACCUAUUGUUCUAUUAGUUUAAUUCCCCCCUUAAUAUAGAGUUUUAUGUGAAAAGAUAGAUUUUUCCAAACUUCAUAAUGCUAAAGAAACAAUCCAAUAUUUAUCUUCAAAUAUUGAAAGAAAGAUCUUAUUUGGCUAAGUUGUAUUGAAACCUUGUGAAUAUACAAAAAAUUUGAAAGAAUUAAGUGAAAAAAUUAUUAAAUAGGAUAAAAUAGUAGCAUAAAAAUUUGACAAAGACAAUGCAUCUUUCUUAAUAUUACAUAAGAAUCAAUUAGAAUAAAUUCUAAAGGCUAGAAAAUAAAGUUUAGCAUUUGAUGCAUCUGAUAUGGUUAUAAGAGAAUGGACAAAAUAAUAAUCUUAUUUAGAAUGGUGGGCAUUGAAUAAACAAGAUCAUAAUCUACAUUUUUUGAUAUCAUAUAAAAGUUUAACAAAUACUACUGAUCAAAUUUAUGAUAAAGUGACACUUUAAAAACCUUCUUGUUAUCCUAAAAUUUAAUAAACUAUUGAUUCCUUAAAAUAGAAAAAGGAUAUAGAUGAUUUAUUAUAAGGAUUCCUUUAAACAGAUUUAUUUCAAGGUUAAUAAUUUGGUGAUAUGUUUUAAGAACUCAAUCCAAUAUAAUAAAUUAAUGAUUUAUAAAUUCAAUUAGAAGAAGUAGAGAAAAUUUAAUAAGAUUAGGAUGAAGAAUAAUAAGAUAUUAAAUAAUUGGAUAAAUCUGAAACAAAUAGAAAUAGUGAAUAGGAAAAUAAAUAAAUAAAUUUCAAUAUUAAAAUAUCAGAAUUAACUCUGUAAUUAUCAAAGGAUGACUAUUUCUGA